AGAAAUAUUGAAAAGAAAAACUUGCCCCUUAAGAGAUUAGACCUAAAACGCGGAAGCCAAUAUCACUCUUAACAUGGUAGUCAAAUGAAUUGGCCACUCGGCCAAGGCGAGGAACUUGUAGUAGAUUUGCAUUUAUUUUACCAAUUAUAGCCUCCUGGCUCUUCCCUUCCACUUCCCCGUCUUCGCGCGUAUUACUAUGUAGUGGCCAACUGAAGACUCGAGUAAUUAUCAGAAACAUACAGAUCGAGAAUGGCGAUGGUGCAGGUCGCCGGUAACCUCACGGCUCACGAUCGGCAGAUUCUUACGUCGGUGAACGCAGGGGCAUCUAGUCUUUCAUUUGUAGGGUCCAGCUUCAUAGUUCUAUGUUAUGUCCUCUUCAAAGAGCUACGCAAGUUCUCCUUCAAGCUUGUAUUCUAUCUCGCCCUCUCCGACAUGCUUUGCAGUUUCUUCAGCAUAGUUGGGGAUCCUUCCAAAGGAUUCUUUUGUAUUGCUCAGGGCUACAGCACACAUUUCUUCUGUGUAGCAUCUUUUCUGUGGACCACGACUAUUGCUUUUACUCUUCAUCGUACUGUUGUUAAACACAAAACAGAUGUUGAAGACUUGGAGGCCAUGUUUCAUUUGUAUGUUUGGGGAACGUCAUUGGUUAUGACUGUAAUACGCUCCAUUGGUAAUAAUCAUGGACAUUUAGGUGCAUGGUGUUGGACAGAAAUAGGGAGAACAAGAAAGGCAAUUCACUUUAUAACAUUUUAUGCACCACUCUGGGGUGCAAUACUUUACAAUGGGUUUACAUACUUUCAGGUCAUACGCAUGCUAAAUAAUGCAACACGUAUGGCAGUAGGCAUGUCAGACCGAGCAUAUCAAUUUGAUGCAAGACCAGACAUGAAGGCUUUGAACCGAUGGGGAUACUAUCCACUCAUCCUAAUAGGAUCAUGGGCUUUUGGCACAAUCAACCGCAUUCAUGAUUUUGUUGCACCAGGCCACAAAAUCCUUUGGCUCUCAGUUCUUGAUGUUGGAACAGCUGCUCUUAUGGGACUCUUCAACUCGAUAGCAUAUGGUCUGAACUCUUCCGUGCGUCGGGCAAUAUGUGAAAGAUUGGAUCUGUUCUGGCCAGACAGGCUGCGAAGAUGGUUCCCUCCUGGUUUUAAAUUCAGGAAUCAAGUGCAAGAGAGUGAACUAGUUUCGUUGAAAAUUCAAGAUCAGCAUUAACAGCUUGGAGAGUUCACCUGCUCAUUUUGAUUGGGAAUUUAUACUUCUUUUCGCCAGGGUGUCUGCACUCUUUCAAUUUGUUUCUGGCAUUUGUGCAAAGUCCAUAAGGAUUCUUUCUUUUUUUUUUUUUUUUUUUAAGCAAAGCCAGUCUGAUUUGUAAUGGCAGUAAUAUUACAUCACCUGAUCCCUGUCUUAAUGUAGAUUUGAUUAUUAGAUUCGUUACCAUUUUUGCUGGAGUUGCUAUUACAUGAAGGUGGAGGAGGACAGCAGAAGUGAUGGCAGUAACAUGAAAUUACAUCAAAUUAGUCAUUAGGUUUGGACAAUUGAUGUUGAGUAGGCAUUUUGGAUUUGGGAAUAGGUUGGUGUCCCAAUUUUGUUAUUGUUUUGUGUAUGAUGUGUUUUUGUCCUCGUAUGAAGGAAUCAUUUCUUCAAA